AUAACAAAAACAAACAUCGUGCUGUUAUCAAUUUUGACUCCAGUGAUUAUUACUACCUGUCUUGCGCCAGACGUAAACUUAAACAAACCCGUGUUCAAUUCGUUUGCCAUGCACCAGGUAUAAACGGUCGGACGAUGUCGCAAACCGUAGUGGAAUUGCACUGGUUUCCGAAGUACACGGACCGGUUUCUCACAGCGGCCAGCUCGGAAAUCAAUCUCUACCAGGUGAAACCGGAUCUUGUCGACAAUGGAGAAAAAUCGAACAUCAAUUUGGACAUCUCGAAGAGCACCACUGCCACGUUAAUCGCCUUCGAGACGCGCUAUCAGUUCGUGCGUACGGUGGCACCAUCGUACUACGGCGGAGGCGAUAUUCUAUUCGCCGCAGGCCUGCCUAACGGGAAGGUUGCGUUAUGUAACUUUGUUGCCGAAAAUAAUGUUGAGUUCACACCCAGAAUAUCAAGAGCGUGCACGUGCCUGGCAUGGAGUGAACUGGAACCAAAUUUCUUGGCCAUGGGACAUGACCGGAACAGGUCGGAUAACUGUAUCACGAUUUGGGACACGGAACGAGGAGUGCCAAACCAAUCUUCAAUCGUAAGCAUGGUUGGCCUUUCGGAAACGGCCCAUUCGGUGUGCUGGGACAAAACAUUCCCGCAGGUCUUGAUUGCAGGCAUGAGUCACAAGUAUAUCAAAAUGAUGGACAUCAGACAAAAUCCUGCCAUCACAACGGUGGCAAACACCCGAACGGUGAAUGGGGUCUGCGUUGCUCCAAAUGGACGUUACCUGGCUAGUUAUGUCGAGAACAUCAUUAAUCUUUGGGACCUCCGUUCGUUGGAGAAACCGAUCAGUCAGAUACAGAUGCAGAAAAGCAUUAGUCAGCUUUCCUGGUGCCCGACGCGAUCCUCCGUUUUGUCCACGUUGCAGCGCGACUCGCCACUGAUCAACCUGAUCGACCUUCACUGGCCCGGCUCGGAGAUGGACGGUGGUGAGCCACAUUCGGUGAAGCGGUUUGUUUCUCCAUUUCAAACCACCGCCAACACGCUUACCACAACCCGCAUACCGUCGAUGGCUUACCUGUCGUGGCAUCCGUAUGACCUGGAGCGGAUGCUUGCACUGUCGAGCGUCGGUAACAUCUGUGACUAUCGCAUCCCCCAGCGGGUGGCCGUUUCGUGGGACAACAACAACAACCUGUUCGGUAACAAUGGCACCGAGUUGCGACAGUUCGCCACACCGACUCGCUCCUCGACCCCGACCGACUCGCUGAAUCAGUGGAACAUCGACAGCAGUGAGGAGGACAUCGCUGAAACGAUGCAGCAUCGAGCUCUGAAGAACUACGGGCUGAUGGCGGACCUGCAGCGGAACGGUGAGCUGGUGGAGAAGAACGAUGGGCUGCUGUCGGUCUGGCGAAUGUUGGGUCACAUGGUCAAGGAGGAUUGUAAACUUGGAUUAAAAUCGAUCCUUGGCGUUAGCAGCGCGCUCGAUGGUCCUCCCAUGUCUCAGUCGGAGCCGGUCAAUACGAAAUGGAACGAUUUUAGCAUGUGCAGCGGGCUUGUCGUGUACCGGAGCGAGCAGCGAGAUUUUGCCCAGCUUCUCUGCGGGUGGACGUUCGAGCGGGACAAGGAGACUUCCUUCACGGCGUUUCUGGACGACCUGUGCGCCAAGCGUGAGUACACCCGAGCGGCGUUACUAGCCUGUUUCCACUUCCGCGUUCGUCUAGCGAUUGAUAUUCUCGGUAAGGGUGCUGACCAAGCGUCCGAUCCGAGCUCGCUGUUGCGAGUGGCAGCCAUUGCACUGUCCGGAUUUUCGGCCGAACGUUCGGAACUGUGGCGCAAGCAGUGUGGUGCGGCACGCACGCAGAUUGACGAUCCUUACUUGCGCUGUAUGUUUUCGUUUCUUGCGCACGAGAAAGAAGGCUUCGAGACGGUUACUAAUGAGACGCAAAUUUCGCUCAGCGAUCGAAUGGCAUUCGCGUGCAAUUUCCUCUCGGACGUGAAGCUGGCAGAAUACACCAAAGGCAUGGUGGCGAACUGCAUCGAAACGGGUGACUUGAACGGUUUGCUGCUGACGGGCGCUUCCAACGAUGGCAUCAACCUGCUGCAGAGUCACCUCGAUCGGACGGAGGACGUGCAGACGGUGGCACUGAUCGCCGCCCGGUUCCUAUCCUCGGAGCUUCUCUCCGACUACCGCGUACAGUACUGGAUUGCCACCUACCGGGAUAUGCUGGACGUGUGGGGCUUGUGGGAGCAGCGCGCUCAGCUCGACAUCACUCUGGGUAGCAUCCGGUCUCCACCACGUAGCUCCCGGUCCGUGUUUCUGCUGUGCAACUUUUGUGGCAAAAAUGUGUCGAUGGCGCUACAAGACGAUGCACGGAUGCGCACCAACGCGACCAGUAUGCAUAAACUGUCCUCCUGUCCCCACUGUCGCAAACCGCUUCCACGGUGCGCACUCUGUCUGCUGCACAUGGGCACCACGAUGGGCGCCAUCUCGCCGAGCCAGGUCGCCCAGGGUCAGAUCGGAUGGCAAUCGAAACCGUUUUCGAAGUGGUUCAGCUGGUGCCAGACCUGUCGGCACGGAGGCCACACCGAGCACCUAACCGAGUGGUUCAACCAGAACACCGAGUGUCCGGUGACGUCCUGCAACUGCAAGUGUUUCGCCAAAGAUCUGCCGAUGCCGCAGUUCCCACGCGAUAAAGACAGUGUCUCCUGACACCAGCUGUCGACGCUGUUCUAGGCAGCCCUAGUACUUUCUUGUCAUCGUCGGUGUUCCUAUUCUUAACGUAAGGAUAUGUUUGUUUUUUUUUGUGCUGUCGCUAAUGGUCUGUUUUGUUUUGCUUCAAUUUAAACGGUGCUUGUGAAUGUCCGUUCUACUUUAAUCACUUUGUUUCCUACGUAAAAGACAAAUUUUAUACAUUGAUGGGGAAUGCAAUUUGUAAAAAAGUCUUUAAUAAAAUCAAACAAUUU